UAUGCUGAGCACAAGGCACACAGAUGCAAGUUUAAUCCAGGGAACAGUGAAAGCUGGGAAAUGAAUUCUGUCCUUUUUUUUGUUUUUUUUUUACUGACGUGCAACUGUAGUCAGAUGAUUUUUCAUCAGUCAGCGCAGCUGUAAAGGUGGAUUUAUACAGAGUGGGAGAUGAAAACCUGCUGCUGGAACUGUGUGGCGUGUUUUAUUCUCUCCAUCUCUUUGUGUGGAUCUAUUCGUUGCCACUCUUAAAGCUUGGCUGCAAGAGGUGUCUGCUCAGUUUUUGAAGGAAACUGCAGGACUGUGACUUCCAUCCUUUAUCUCCACAUGAAACGGGAGGUUGGUUGAAUGAAUCAAGAGAAAUCGUCAUUUUAUGCACAGUUUUUGAUUUUUGUCUUUCACAUUUAAUUGGACUUCUUGCCUCUGAAUACAGCAGUGAUUGCAGUUUUGUUUGUCCCCAGUUAAGAAGCAACAAUGUAGUCCCCGGGUUUGGACUUUCUAGGACAGGAUUUUCACCUGAUCGCGAUCCAUCAGUCUUUGCACCAAAAACCCAGGGAGGGAUUUCUGAUGGACUUGUGGCGUUCGACUCGAUUCAGAGCGUCCUUCUGACUGAAUUAUCGCACACUCCUGGGAAGGCCCUUAGACUUUCCGCCCUGGCGGAGUUUUUCCUAUCUGAUUUAUUCAGAGGAGAAUUUAAUUAGAGGAGACUUUAAUUGGGACUGUCCACCAGAAGCCAGGAUGCAGGUGUCAUUAGUGUGCACGGAUCACCGUGGGGGGGUGAGCCGCAACACAGAGGACCGCCUAAACCGUCAGAAUGCCAAUAGCCCCAGCACAGGCACCCGCAGCAAGUUCAGAGCGGUGGCGAUGGUGGCUCGCAGUCUCGGGCAGCUCUCGGUUCAGAGCGUGCCCUCCUCCAGCGAGCAAAGUGUGAAGACUGGCAUGAAGUAUAGAAACCUUGGGAAGUCGGGCCUGCGUGUAUCCUGCCUUGGAUUAGGAACAUGGGUGACAUUCGGUGGACAGAUUACGGAUGAGAUGGCAGAGCAGCUGAUGACUCUGGCCUAUGAAAACGGCAUCAAUCUGUUUGACACAGCGGAGGUCUAUGCCGCUGGGAAGGCAGAGGUGGUGCUCGGGAACAUCAUAAAGAAGAAAGGAUGGAGACGCUCCAGUCUGGUGAUAACAACAAAGAUCUUCUGGGGCGGAAAAGCUGAGACUGAAAGAGGUUUAUCUCGAAAACACAUUAUAGAAGGUUUAAAAGCUUCUUUAGAAAGACUCCAGUUAGACUACGUGGAUGUGGUUUUCGCCAACAGACCCGACCCUAACACACCUAUGGAAGAAACCGUACGAGCAAUGACCCAUGUGAUAAACCAAGGUAUGGCCAUGUACUGGGGAACAUCCCGCUGGAGCCCGAUGGAAAUAAUGGAGGCCUACUCUGUGGCGCGGCAGUUUAACCAGAUCCCUCCUAUAUGCGAGCAGGCAGAGUACCACAUGUUCCAGAGGGAGAAAGUAGAGGUGCAGCUGCCUGAGCUUUUCCACAAGAUAGGUGUGGGGGCCAUGACGUGGUCCCCGCUGGCCUGCGGGAUCAUCUCAGGGAAAUACGACGGCAGGGUGCCUCCCUACUCUCGGGCGUCUCUGAAGGGCUACCAGUGGUUGAAGGACAAGAUCUUGAGCGAGGAGGGCCGGCGUCAGCAGGCGAAGUUGAAAGAGCUGCAGGCAAUCGCGGAGCGGCUGGGCUGCACACUGCCCCAACUCGCCAUCGCGUGGUGCCUACGGAACGAGGGGGUGAGCUCUGUCCUUUUAGGGGCGUCCAACACCGACCAGCUGAUGGAGAACAUAGGAGCGAUCCAGGUUCUUCCAAAGCUGUCGUCGUCCAUCACCCACGAGGUGGACAGCAUCCUGGGGAACAAGCCGUACAGUAAAAAGGACUACCGCUCCUAACGGGCGCGACGGCCCCGCCCGGCAGGGCCACACCCCGGCCUGCAGCCGCAGCGCCCCACCUUUGCCUGAUCCUCUGUUUGCUUGAGCUUUUACUGAGUGAGACCCUGGCGCAUGAGUCUGGCCUCACCAAGGCCACGCAGGGCACCUCAUUUAGAGUUACAGAGAUAAGAAAAAGUGGGAAUAAAUCGAGUCACCUCCACGGGACGGGACGGGAUUAACAGAGAAAAACUGAACAGUAAGAGAGGUUAGGGAUAUGCGCUCAUAAGUAAAUCAGUUAUACAUCCUAUUCAGCUGAACAUACUUUAAAAUCAUAGAGAACAUUUAGGGAAAAAAAAACAUCUUUUUAAAGAAAGAAAAAAAAAAUAAGCACAUGCUUGCUUGGCAGCCAGGAUUUUUUUUUUAUUAUCUUUUUCUAAAACUGAAUGCAACUAAGAAAAUAUAUAUGAAGUUCAUACUGUACAAAUAUAUGAGAACUGCUGUUGCACAUGUACCAUAGCCAUGCAUUUGUUUCUGAGACGUUCUGUUUACGAACACGUGUGUACUGUAAAAGUCCGUCAAAGUUUCUCUGUAAGAGCGUUUGUGUUGUCGACGUCAGCGGCCCCGCCCUCUGGGGGGGGGGGGCUUCAACAAUACGCACUUUAGUACUGUCAGUAAACGGGGUGUGUGUGUGAGUGUGUGUGUGUGUGUAAAGGGGAGGGGGGUAGUUUUAAAGAAGAGACAGCAUAGAUAUCAACAUAGUCGUAUGUCACAACCAUUGCACUAUAGGUUCACGUCGCCUCCCUGCGUUCCCGCUGACAGUACGCUCGUCCAGCCUGACGCAACGAUGCUCCCGCUGUCCCGACGGGAGCCGCACUCGUCUGCAUCACUGUGUCCCCCCCCCCCCCCCCCCCUGCCCUGCCGCCUCAGACAGGGAGCAAUCACGUCUCACCAAAACCUCUCCUUGAUCAAGUUCUGUUCAAGUAUUUGCCUUAUUUACAGAUGCAUGGUACUGUGCUUCGGGCCUCGGCGUAGGUAGGCAGCGCUCCUCCGCGGCUGGCCGCUCCCACCUCCCCGGCUAAGGCUCGACCGUUGGGAGCGGGAGGAAGGAGGCACGUGUCCGGGUUAAUCAGUGGGCGGCGGCAGCUCAGGGAACGGAGAAGGUGGGUCCGUGCGUGCGACGCUGUUUGGGGGGUUUCUAUCAAGGCGUCUUUAGUGUCCGUUUCAUUUGUUUUCGUUUUUAAGCAUGGCUCGAGCCAAAGAUCUCCUUCAUCUCUUCUAGCUGACACACACUCACUUCCUGCAAGAAUAUUGAGUCAUCUUUAAGCAUGUGUUGUCUAGCUUGUAAUAUCUAUUUAUGGGAUGGAUUCUACUUCAUAUAAAUAUAUAAAUAUAUAUCUUUACCCGACCAAACUCUUAUAGCGGUUAACAAAAUACGGCCUUCAUAUGCAGAAAGCGUAAGUAGUGCAGCUAAGUGCUUUUGGGUGGGUUAGGCUUUGGUUUAAGCGGCAGACGGCCCGACGCGCACAGACUUAGUGCAGAUGUCACCGUUGUUCGUCCCCUGGGUGCGCUCUCUCUCUGCGACUGAAGCACAGGCUGAUCGCAUCAGACACAUCCGCCGACGGGCCGAGCAAGAUGAUGCUUCUCAGCUUAAAAAGUCCUGUACAUAAGUCUUUACAGCGCAUAAACUGUUAUUAGCAGAAAACUACAAAAAAAAAAUAUGUGCAGAUUAAAAAAAAAAAAACUUUCACUUUAGUGUUAAUCAUAGAGAUGUUAGAGCUUCUCAGCUACAAUUGAAGGGAUAAUCAGAGUGAAUGAGAUGAGAUUUUUUUCCUUAAGUUUUUUAUUAAAUUGAUUUAAGGCGCGUGUGUGAGCGUGUGGAGACAGGGGACAAAUAAAAAUCCUCUUUAGCCUGCUGUAACAACUGAUCCACAUUCAAGUCGCAUUUGCUCCGUCUUUUGUGUCUGAGUAAAUAAAACGGGCAAAAGCCAGCGCCGUUUUCUCUGGAAAACAACGGAGAAUAUUAAGUUCAUUCAUCUGUGGAGUUCCUGCGUCUUGAUGUUUUCAUCUGCGGGGAGCGGAGACGAAGUCUGAGACUUUAAAAGGGAAAUUGUGACAUUUCGGGAAACGAACAAACGUGUUUAUUUUCUUUCUUUGCUGAAAGGGGAGACUGACACCACUUUUCUGCUAAAUGUGACCGUCAGCUUAGCCCGGCACAAAGACCGGAUCCCAGGAGAGAACAGCUGGUUUAUCUGCGUCUCACAGGAACAGGAAUUCACCUGCCAGCGUCUUUAAAAAUCCUUAAUUAACGCAUCCGACUCAUCCAGCAAAAAGUGCUGGAAAAAAAACAAAACACAACCUGCAGUUUGAGUUUAGUGUUCCAGAUAAAUGUAGUAAUUCUGCAACCCCAGGCUGUGCUAUAAAAUUCAAAGUGUUACCCGUUUACAGUGUUCUGCUCUCAGAAACAACGUUAUGGGAGCAUCUGCAGAACCUCGGAUCGGAUGUCAAUAUUUACUGCAUUUAUCCUCAAAACAGACCAAGGGUUAAACAAGGUGAAAGGCUUGUGAGUGUAGCUUCAUGCUGAGACAGCAAUAAAAUAUUACUAGAUGUUUCAUCAGCCGUCGUCGUCUCCUGUUUCAUUAGAGUCGAGUAGCAUAAAUGGAGAUCAGAACCAUAACAAGUAGAAAUGGCACAUAAUAUUAACCCUUCACAACGUAAAAUAUAGCUUGAUUGCAUAUCAUUUUAAUUGUACCAGUAAACUGGUAUUAAAUUAAAACAUGGGUACAAAUGAACUGUUUAAAACAAUCCAGCAUAGCCGGUUCCCCUCAAUGUGAGGCGCUGGGCUUUGAGGAGGCGCUACGUUUACAGUUUUCAGAACAAACCAGUAGAAAUUAAAGGGCUUCUACAAAUAAUUCCUGACUAGUGAAACAAGAUGUUAGUUUGUCUACUUCAAUAAAGCCAAAUGAACAAGGUCAGUAACUCGUUAGCAGACAGUAACUCGUUAGCAGUCAGUAACUCGUUAGCAGUCAGUAACUCGUUAGCAGACAGUAACUCGUUAGCAGACAGUAACUCGUUAGCAGUCAGUAACUCGUUAGCAGACAGUACAUGUACUGGGGAGUUCUGGGGUGUUUUUACAUUUUGAUGCAGCCGACGAAUCCGGAGGUCUCUGGUCUGAUUUGCUCACAGUCUGCAGCUCAUUUGCACUUUUUAAGCAGCAUCAUUUAGAAGAAAAUAUUAUUUUUCUUCCUAUACAUUUAUACACCAGAAGGACUCUCUAAUUCUCUUUGUAAAGGACGUUUUUUAAAAAGAAAAAAACUUUAUCUACAAUAUCCCCUAUCCAGAACUGAACAUGACGCGCUAGUUCUUGUUGCAGUGUUAUUAUUGCAGAUCAGGAGAUAAAUCUGUUUUCUCCUAGUAUUAGAAACAUUGGGUUCUGUGACUUUUGGCAUACAGUUAAAAUGAAAAUCCUGAUUUUCAUUUCCUUUUCCUGCACUUAUUCGUAGAGGAAACCACAUUGAUGCACCUAUCAAACGAUGAAGCGAAUAAACAAAUCCCCUCCCCUGUAGGGAGUAAAGGAGCACGAGUUCUUUGGGAUGUCAAGUUAAACUAAUAAAACCGUACCUUCAGUUUAGCAUCAUGCUCAGAGACAGGAGGUGAGAGCGGUGUGGGUCUUUCUGUGCCAAGAACUAAAAUAAACAUGUUUUAUUGUCUGUUUUCCUUUGAACUGCUUCGCGGUUUCUCCUAACUGCACAUCGUUGGAAUCGAUUCGUUUUAAAGCCUCUGUGUGUGUGUGUGUGUGUGUGUGUGUGUGUGUGUGGUGCCCUAAUCUGCAGGGAAAAUUAAUGCUUUAAGAGUUCCUAGUUUCGCCAUGUUUCCUGUUCUGACGGUAUGUAAAAGAUCCACGAAUGGACGGAGAGCCUAGGUCAUACAGAGAAUAUAUUUUUUAUCUUUUAGCCUUUAACGCCAUAGAAAAAGUUAUAAGAGCUGUUAUUUUUAUUUACCAUCAUGCUGCAUUAUUCUGUCAGUAUUGUAUGGAGUUUAAGGACUGACCAAAACAAAGAGGGAAAAAAAAAAACAACAACUAAUGUGUAUUUUGAGGAAUGCUGGGUUGGAGCAUUGUGCUGAUUUCACUCUGAAGACGACGCGGUGGCAGCCUCGUAUCUUCUGUACAUACUCUGACCUUUGUGUACAUACUUCUGGUUGUGAUCACCUCUGCCUUUUUCUCUUUUUUUAUUUCGAGUUUUUCUUUUUCGCAGCCGUUGCUAUCUGCACUGUGCUUGAAUUUGAACCUUAGGUUGUACAGCUUCAAUCUUUAAAUGAAAAAAAAAAA